GGAUACACGUUCAGAAGCGAGUCGACUAGGAAAGAGGAAGGAUGCGCGUACGAGCCGUCCCGGUCGAGACCAGGGACGGAAGAUAGCCCAGCGACACCCCGCAACAGGUCGUCGAGGAUGCCGGCCGAGUCCGGAAGGAGCUUCCCCGCGGCCUUCCUGCUGCUGAUGCUGAUGUGGCUGCGUCUGCCCUCCCGACUGCGGGCAGAACCAGACGACCUGUGCUAUCUGACUGACGGAGGAUCUUCGGAAACCAUCAUCGUCAACGAGAACCUGAGCGAAGGGAGCGUGGUAGGUCGACUGUCCAUUUCCGGUCAACCGGGAGAGAACGGCACCAUUCGUUUGAGUCUGGUGCCACCCGACGGCCCGGUGGUCAUCCGACCCGACAGCAAGGAGUUAGUCUUGGCCAGGAAAUUGGAUCGCGAAGGGAUGGAAGGACCUCCCAGCGUAGAGUUCGACGUCAUCUGUUCGCAAAAGGGAAGCGACGAAUUGAGUAUUACCAUUCCGGUUAGAAUAAUAGUAACUGAUGCCAAUGACAACCGACCGGAAUUCGUGGGUGCUCCUUACACCGUCAACGUCAGCGAGGUGUCGGUGGUGGGAACGGUGAUAUAUCGUGGCAUUCGAGCCGUCGACAGAGACCAAACGGGACCCUACAGCACAGUCGAAUACUACGUGGAAGGAGGUGAACACUCGCAUUUGGUGGCCUUCAAUACCCCACUCGAUGGAAUUCUAAUACUCAACGCCUCCCUGGAUUACGAAUCUCUUCCUACCUUCUCCGUCUCCAUUCGAGCUCAGGACCAAGGAGAACCCGCUCAAAGUGCCUUUACCUCCGUUACCGUCAACGUGCUCGACGCUGACGACCAAAAUCCCAAAUUCGUCUCGGAUCGUUAUACCGCAUCUCUACCCGAAAAUCCCAAACCCGGGAAGGUGUUGAAGACCUCUCCCUCACCUUUGAAGGCGGAAGAUCCCGAUCGAGGAAUCAGAUCUCCCAUAGUAUACUCUUUCAAUUCCAAUGCAACGGAAUAUGGUUACUUCCGUCUCCAAGAAGAUACGGGCCAACUGUCUAUUCGGUCUCCCAUUCCCGACGACUUGUAUCUUCCCAUCACUCUGGUGAUACGGGCUACGCAAGCCGAUAAUCCGGACAGAUACGCUUUGACCACCCUGUCCAUCUCUAGUUCUCGAAUUUCCGCUCACCAGGAACUGACCUUCCUCCAGACCGAUUAUUCUACUUCGGUUCUAGAAAGCGCUCCUCCUGGACAAGUGAUUCUGACCGUCCAAACCACCAAACCUCCGGAUAAGCACGUCACUUUUCGCCUCUUAGACAACCCCUCUGAAGAUUUUGCCAUUCAUCCUACGGGUGAAAUCAUCGUCAUCAAACCCUUAGACUACGAAAGUCGGCAACACUACAAACUGCGAGUCUUGGUUACCGAUGGCACCAAGAGCGAUAUUGCUCGUGUCAAUAUCAGCGUGGUGGACGUCAACGAUCACGAUCCACAAUUCGGACAGAAUCAGUACAGCUUUAUAGUUAAGGGUUCCGACGUUCGUUCCGGCACUUUAGUAGGCAAAAUAGAGGUUAGCGAUCAAGACGUAAACGAUUCUAUCGAUUUGAGUCUAAAAGGACCUUUCGCCAGGAUCUUCGCCAUUAACGAAGAGGGAGAACUACGUGUGAGAAAUCUCGAUAUUCUAAACGCUACCACCUGUCACGUAAUAGUAGUAGCUACCGACGAUGGAGUUCCUCCCAGACAGUCCAGCGUUCCGGCCACCAUAAGCUUUCCGGAUAAUUUGGUACAAGAAAUCAUUCACAAACAGAAGAAAGACGACAGUUCCUUCAUCCUGAUGAUCGUUUUCGGGGUGGUUCUUGGAUCUCUACUUAUCGUCAUCGUCACUCUGACUUCUUACAUUCUAAAGCACAAAAAGUACAGAAAUCGUUUACCGACCAUGAACUCCUCUCCGCGCCCUCCGGUAACCAAGAUGGCCAGCUUCAUGUCGGGAACACCUUUAGUGGCUAAAAGUCAAGAAGGAGUGACAAACAGAUCAGGAGGAAUGGAAAAUCCCAUUUUUAACAUGGCCGAUGGCAGUCGUGUGACACCGGGAGUCAAUAUAGAAGCCGUCAGGAGCGAGGUGGAGAUGACGGACGAGGUACCACAGCACCCUAGUAUUCAACCCAGGAUGAGCAAGUAUCAGGAUCUGAUCAAAUCUGCCGGAUCCAUUCCCAGAAGGAUAAAGAAACUAAGUUGGGAGGACGAACAGCCCAAUAGGACGGAGCUGGAUCCAGACGUCAGCGUGACACCACUGGGAAAAUCGAGUCACCCCUGUUCUCAUCCCGAUCUGAUGAUUUACUUCUGAAGCGCCACGCCAAUCACAUCCUACUUAAUUCGCGAAUCCUGGUCUUCCGCGGCGGAAAUUUUGUACACCGCCGCUGUAAUAUUUUGUACAUAUCUUCCCAGAAAUUUUAUAUUUAAUACGUCGAGGGUGAUAUGAAUAUUUAUAAAUAAAAUGAGAAAAGAAA